AUGUCUAAUCACGUUUGUGAUGCCGUUAGGCAUAAAACUAAAAAAUUCAGCUUUAAGAGAAAGCCGUUUGAUGUGAAUCAAACUGGACAGGUGGGUAAAGUGCGUGAACACGAUAAACAGCCAGAGGCUAAUCAACCAAAACAGGCCGAAAAGCAGACACCAGAACCAAUAAAACCGACACCAGAACCAAGAAAACCGACCACAGAAACCAGAAACCCGACAACCAGAAACCAGAACAUCGCCACCAGAAACCGGACACUAUUCAGAAUGUUUUAA